GCUACUACCACGUGAACAGCCUACGAUGGAGGUUCACGACGUCGACUAGGGAUUCACGAUCGCACAGUCAGCUGCCUAAGGUCCGGUUGGCCAGUCGUAGCCAGCUAAAGUUCUUCUCAAGGUAGACGGGUGUAGCAGCCAGGUACCACGAUGGCGGACGAUGAGGAAAAGAAGAGGAAACAGGCGGAGACGGAUCGAAAGAGGGCGGAGGUCCGCGCCCGCCUUGAAGAGGCUUCCAAAGCCAAGAAGGCGAAGAAGGGUUUCAUGACCCCUGACAGGAAGAAGAAGCUUAGGCUGUUGCUGCGAAAGAAAGCCGCCGAGGAAUUGAAAAAGGAGCAAGAGAGAAAGGCAGCCGAGAGAAGGCGCAUUAUCGAGGAACGUUGUGGAAAGCCGAAGAACGUGGACGACGCUAGCGAAGCCGAGCUCCAGACGAUCUGUUCGACAUAUUGGAACAGACUAUACGCGCUCGAGGGCGAUAAGUUUGACCUCGAGAGGCAAAUUAGGUUGAAAGAAUUCGAGAUCGCGGACUUGAACAGCCAGGUGAACGACCUCCGAGGUAAAUUCAUGAAACCCACGCUGAAGAAAGUCUCCAAGUACGAAAACAAGUUCGCCAAACUGCAGAAGAAGGCGGCCGAGUUUAACUUCCGUAACCAGCUUAAACAGGUUAAGAAGAAGGAAUUCACCCUCGAGGAAGAGGACAAGGAGCCCAAGAAGUCCGAGAAGGCAGAGUGGCAGACGAAGAAGUAGAUUUAAAAAAACAUAAAGAAAACAUGAAAAAAAAAGAACAAUCACACGCGUAUACGGGCAAUCAAGUAAUAAUAAUACAUUAUCGAAAAAGAGCUUCAACACGUACACACCGAACCGCGUGAAUACGACGCGAACAGAAAUGGAAAACCGCGAAGAAAAAAAAAAAACAUAGCUGGAGGGAACGUUUUCGUCGUCUUGCGCGAUUAUAUUAUUUCGCGUUGAUUAACGUGACCUGUUUACCGCUUUCCAUCGAACCGUUUGUAAACGCUCUUCCAUUUUUCCGGUGGUGUUUUGUUUUCUUGAUUUUAUUGUACCUCUAUAAACCGUUCCUCGUUGUAUGAAUUGCAUUAGGUCGUAAGCCAAAGUUAUUAUUUUUGAAAUCGAAUUUUCGCGCGCGCCAUCAAACGAGAGCAAAAAAGAGAGAGAGAAAAAAAAAGGAAACAUAAUAGAACGCCAAAGAAUGUUGUGUUAAUAAACGAUCGAAGAAAGUGCAUGUCGAAAAUAGGCAAAUAAUUUUUCUCGAACAUCAUUUCUUAUAUCUUUCCACCCUGUUCGACCGUAGCUCGUUCUUUCCUCGAUAUUUUCUUUCGUUUCAUUCAGCGACAUAUUUUCUGAUACAUUUUUUUCAUUCACUUCUUUUGCACAAGGAACCAUACUCGACGAGACUCGAUCUUGCGCGAAUAUGAAAAUGUGUUCGCCUCCUCUAUAAAACGCAGUGGAUGAAUGCGAUCCCGACGAUUUUACGGAAUAUCCGAUAAGAAUGGGUCGAGUGUUAUCGAGAAUCGUUUCGUUCUGCUCCACUAAUUUUUUCUUUAAGCUCCACUGAUCUUUCUUCUUUUAUCCGUCUUGUGUGUUCGACGACAAUACCGUGGGUUAUUCGCGAGAUCGUACCUAAUUUGCUUUUAACGCGUCUACUUUUUAUUUUCUCCUUUCUUCUAUCCUACUUUUAAUGCCAUUUCACAAAGAAUGUCGGUAAUUGCGUAAUAAAGAGCCAAUACGCGGUAUAAAAAAAAAAAAAGAAAAGAGAGAAAAGAAAUGUAAUAAAUAAUAGAAAGAAGCGAUGUAAAAAUAAAAAAAAAAAAAAAAAAGAAAAGAAAAAGGUGAGAAUGGCUUACAAAGUUAAUAUUUAAGACUUACAGACUUUCUUCUUCGUUUCGUACGUAAUCGCAGAAGCGCUUUACUCACAAGUGCCUGUUCUUUCUUUCUUCCCUCCUUUCUCUAUCACCUUCUUUAAUUAUUCAUUCAUUGACUCUGUCUGCACCCAUUUCGUUUAUCUUCUGUUUGAUCUCGUUAUUCGCGCCAGGCUCCUUCAUGCAAAAGUACCUUCGUUUAGGAAACAAUUAGCCGCGUGCUACGCAAAACGUACAGAAAACAAAGUAAAACGAUGGCCAGCCGCGAAAGCGUCGCGCGCAUCACUUUCAAUUAAAAUUCUUUCCAACAUGCAAUAAGCUCUUUUGCAGCUUGCCUUUACCGCCAUUAUUCGGCUGCCAUGCUUCCAGGCUGUACAUGUGUAGGAUUGUUGUCCCGUCCGAAUCUUUCUUUCGAUCCGUGCAUCGAUCGUCUAUUCUUUACCGCCCGAUACAAAGAAUGCAAUUCUAAAAUAAGUCACGAUUCGCAUUAAAAAUAUCCGGACAUGUAGAGUCGCGAUGAAAUAGCAUUUGCGAUGUUCGACGCACGGUUCGAUCGCGCCAUUCGUUAUCGAACGUGAUUCAUUCUGUACGAUCGAAAGGAGCGACUUGGAAAUGAAACAAGGACUUGGAUCGAUCGAAUGAAUCACGAGCGACCCGUUAAUCGUUAAGUUAUUAAUUAGUAUGUACGCUCUAAUAAUUGUCCAUGUCUUAUCUGUUGACUAAUGAUGUUGCUCUUGCAUUAUGUUCGCAGAACGCGUCAAAAGAUAAG